ACAGCCGCUGCCCGCGCACUCCUUUCCCUUUCUCCCUCUCGUCUUCGCUCACUCUCGUCAUCCUGCUAGUCUGCUGCUGGAAUUUCAUGAAACUUCAAAGGAAGUAAAGAAAUCACUGAACCAAAGCCCUAAGCGCAGCAAGCAGAAGCAUUAGAGAAUGACGCAGAAGGCCGCGCUUUUCAAAGGUCAAAAGAAGAAGAAAACAAUUCCGCCCAAUCGUCAUGGAAAAGCUCCUCCUACUCGCAAAGGCAAGAAAUUUGUGAAGCCAUCGAAGGUUACCAAGGAGAUGGAUACUGAUCGGGAGAUAAGCAAAUUCAUUAACCACUGCAAUGAGAUUAAAGCUGCCACAGUUGCUCAGAAAGAUGGGGGUCAACUGAGUAUUAUUAAGCCUCCAGCAGAGCUAACGACUGGAUCGAAGAAGUAGUUAUGUCAAAGGAUGAUUACGUUGACAGAAUUAUAUUAUAUUCUUUUGAUGAUGCUUGGUGUGAAGUGGGAAGUCAAUUUUGAUUCUAUGCUUUUCCCCCUAUCUUUAGAGGAUGCAUUGGGUUGAGUUUUCCCCUAUACUUAGCUUCUUUAUGCUUAGUCUUCUCUGAAGUCAUUUAAGGCCUCUUAAGUUCAAAGAAUCAUAGGAGUUAGGAAAUAUUGACUAAUCUUUAAUAGAUUAAUUUGAGUAAA